AUGACCUCUUCACAGAGCGACAUCAAAUCAGCCAUCGAGGCUACUGUGAAAAGCUAUCUUACAUCUUUCAUCGACGCUCGUACUCGGAACAAUCCCUCUCUGGUCAACCGAGACCUCACUCCAGACUGUGCACGGUCGAUGCUUCCCUCCACCCUAGGCGGCGGGCUCACCAUGGCAAACGAGCAAUACCUUCACGUCUUCACCGAAGGUCUUAAAGUUGGCGGCAUGCAUAAAAAUACCAUCUCCGACUUGAUCAUUGAUGUUGAGGCCCGCAAAGCAGCUGUUACAACUGUUGCGGAGUUGGUGUUCAAUAAUGGGGAAGAGUUGAAGCUGGAUUUCUCGUGGUUCUUGCAUUUCAACGAAGACGGUGAUAAGAUUUGUAAGAUUGUUGAGUUUGUCGACAGUGAUACAUUUAAGGGCGUCAAAGGAAGAGAGGCAGAGUUGAGUGGUGAGCCACAAAAGAAUGCGUAG